AUGUGUGCGAUAAGCGCUGCUGCGUCGAGAGGAAAACGGAACAAGUGGGAAACCGUGAAGACUUGGUAUGUCUGCAACACUGAACAGUUGUCUGAAUCCCUUCAGCCUAUUUUUGUGCAGAGUUACCUUGACCAAGGAACACAGAUCUUCUUGAACAACAGCAUUGAGAAGUCAGGCUGGCUGUUUAUCCAGCUCUAUCACUCUUUUGUGUCCUCUAUUUUUAGCCUUUUUAUGUCUAGAACAUCUAUCAAUGGGCUGCUGGGAAGGGGCUCAAUGUUUGUGUUUUCCCCAGAACAAUUUCAAAGACUGCUUAAAAUAAAUCCCGAAUGGAAAUCCCACAGACUUCUUGAUUUAGGGGCUGGGGAUGGAGAAGUCACUAAAGUCAUGAGUCCUCACUUUGAAGAAAUCUAUGCCACUGAAUUGUCUGAAACCAUGAUAUGGCAGCUGCAGAAGAAGAAAUACAGGGUGCUUGGUAUAAAUGAAUGGCAAAACAUAGGAUUUCAGUAUGAUGUUAUCAGCUGUUUGAAUUUGCUGGAUCGCUGUGAUCAACCACUGACUGUAUUAAAAGAUAUCAGAAGUGUACUGGAGCCAACUAGAGGCAGAGUCAUUCUAGCACUGGUUCUGCCAUUUCACCCAUACGUGGAAAAUGUAGGUGGCAAGUGGGAAAAGCCCUCAGAAGUUUUGGAAAUCAAAGGGCACACUUGGGAAGAACAGGUGAAUAGCCUGCCAGAGGUUUUCAGUAAAGCUGGCUUUGCCAUAGAGGCUUUCACCAGACUGCCAUACCUCUGUGAAGGUGAUAUGUACAAUGACUACUAUGUGCUAGAUGAUGCUGUCUUCGUCCUCAAGCCAGUGUAAGCGUGUAUGAAGUAAAUCUCCAGAAUCUAACCCAAGAAGCAGCCUCUGAAAGAGGGUUUUGGUGUAUGGUUACUUAAAGGGAGGGAAUUUUGGGAUUGCCAUGCUAAAUAAAUACCAUGUAAGAAAUUUAAAGGCCAAAUUACUAAUGUAUUUCUUUGUAGUGUGAUUAUUAGGGGGGAAAAAAAAGGUUGUUUUUUAAAACAGACUCUUCAGUUGAGACUUUCUUUUUUUACCAGCUCUUAAACCAACAACACAUUCUCCAAUCCAGAAGCAAUGGGGGAUAUUUUUUUAUACUUACCUGCAACAGGGAUCAGAUCCAAACAAAAGCAAUAGUCCUAAUAAUGGUGAAACUGAUACAAUGUGAACUGUUGUUAAAGAAAUCAAGCAAAAUCUGGCAAUAAAGUUAUCCAUUCACUUCAAGCUUUGUUGAAUAAAAACUGUUGAAAUGGAUAUUCUUCCAUGCUAAGUUACUUUCUCUCUUACUGUCAUUCUUCACGUUUUUAAUCAUGCUAAUAAACUUUUUUGAGAUGA